AUGGCUAUUUCUUCAAACAAAACUCUUCCAGAUUUGUCAAAGCUUGAACCUUUGGAUAGAAACAAUUUUAAACGCUGGUCUCAAAAACUUUUGAUUUUCUUUGAACAAUUAGAAGUUGACUAUGUUUUGUUUGACGAACCACCUGUUGAUGUUCCAAACAUUGUUACUGAUGUUUCUAACCCCACUGGUGGUUCUUCUGCUGCUGCUGUUAGAGGACAUCUGCUGAACCAUAUGACUAAUCCUCUGUUUGAUUUAUUUGUUACUAACAAAUCUGCUAAGGAAAUAUGGGACAGUUUGGAAAAGAUAUAUGAUACUGAUAAUGCAGGGAAGAAAAAGGAUGUUGUUGGCAAGUGGAUUAAGUUCCAGAUGGUUGACAAUAAGCCAAUUAUGGAACAGGUUCAUGAGUAUGAGAAUUUGACUGCUACUGUUCUGACCGAGGGCAUGAAAAUGUGUGAGGUUUUUCAAGCCAAUGUUUUGCUUGAGAAAUUUCCACCUUCUUGGAGUGAUUACAGGAACCAACUGAAGCAUAAGAAGAAGGACUUGACUCUUCAGGUACUGAUCAGUCAUAUGAGGACUGAGGAGGCAAACCGUCUCAAAGAUAAGAUAGAAGCUCUUUCCCUUAAUUCUCCUAAAGCUAACCUUAUGGAAACUUCUGGUAUUGUUGUGAAAGACAGGUUCAAAGGAAAAUAGAAGAAAGUCCCCAGAAAGGGAAAUGGGAAGAAGAAGAAUCACUUCAACAAGCCGGAAAGCCAAAUCCAGAAGUUC